UCUUUAGUUAGAAAGAAACAAAGACUCGUUUUAGGAUGCAUUCGGAAAUCUUAUCUGGAGUAGAGUAGCAUUUAAUUGAUCCAUCAGGAUAAAGAAAUCUUUGCUCUUUUUGUCUUAAUAGUCAAACGUUACUCUACGGGUAGGAUAGGAUUUCCGAAUCCUUACAUGUGUUGUCUCUCUAACUUUCUUUGUCAGUGGAAAACCUAAUACUUGCACGUCGCUAUCUCCACUGUAUUGGGAACAGAGACUGCGCUAUGUCGCGGGAUGCUGGAUGAUCAAUACUGUCACAUUUUGGACCAAAGAUCGGAAUCAAGAAAGCAGGACGCAUCGUCUAACAGAGGAAUGAAAACCAUGCCACAUACUUGCGUGCCAGACAUUGCCGAUCUACCCGCUGAAGAGUCAAUCGAGGAGAUUGCCGAAUCAGUGGAUGAAUUGCGAGAGAAGCUCGCUAAUAUGAAAAAGCUUAUGGAAGAGCGAAAGGGCACGACACUGGGAGAAAUUAGCGCCCGAAAAAGAAAAGACGCUUCCGACAUAAUAGACGGCAAUUUCUUGGGCUGGAUUUUCGGAUCAGUCCUCUUAGUAAUUUUGAGCGUGAGCUUUUACGCCUUCUAUAAUCUUUAUCUCGCAGUGCUGAAGAAAUUCCCGUCCCAACAUACGGAACUAUAAAGUGUAUAAUAAUGAGAAGAAAAAAUCAAACUUGUAACUUUCAUACAAGAAUUUUAUUAAAAAUUCAAAGAACGGCCUCCUUUAAUUUUUCUCCUUUAAUCAGAUAAUAUAAAAUGCGGACAGUUCCAAAAACAACAGAUGUUUUUUUCAUUAUUCAUGUACAAUUUUUUCAAUCGAUUAGUAAUAGAUUUUUUUCUCAUAAAAAUGGUCGAAGUUUUCAAAUGAUUAACAAUUGAAGAUAAAGAACUAGCGAGUCUAAGUUAAUAAAAAGAAAUAGAUGACAAUGUCAUAUUGAUUAAUUAAUUUCACGGUUUACUUGAUAUAGAAUUUUAAUUUGAAACUUACAAAAAUAUGUAAUGUUAAGGAUUUAAAAAGUAUGAUAAACUUUCUUCGAUAUUUUUUUAAGAGAUAAUCAUCGCCAGAUCGAUCAAAGAAGCUUUAUUAAAAAUUAAAAAAAAAAACAUCUGAUAAUUGAAUAAGAAAUACCAGAUAUUAUUUAAUUAUUGACUACCGAAUUUUAGGAAGAUAUCUCAAAUUUAAUUCAGGUUAAAAUAUUAAUGCUAUGCUUUGUCAGUAUGUGAACAAAUUUGAUCGCCAGUGAAAUUUAUUUCUAACAUCCAAAAGAAUUGAAAGAUGUAAAUGACGAAUAAUAUAUUUCUGGAGAAGUAAAAUGCAAUAUAAAUUUCAGAAAGAGAUAUUUAUUUUAUCUAUUCAGAUAGAUAGAAUUUGUAGUGAUAAAAGACCUGAUAAAUUUUUUGGGGAUCAUAAAUAACUAAGUGCCUUAAAAAACUUAUGAAUUAAAUGUUCUACUAUAUGUGUAUUUGAUAAUAUUAUUCAUUAGAUUAUAAAUAUGGGCAUGUAUAAACCAAUUUAGUUAACUAGUCACUAUAAUUUGAAACUUCGAUUGAAUUAGAAAUAAAUCAGACAUAUUAUCUCAAAUAUUAAUAUAAAAAAUACAUAGUAUAUUGAGCUAAAUUUUUUUAAAAAAUUUUCACUUCUAUGCUAUAUAAUUAAUUGCUAUAAUCUCACUAGGGCGAUAUGUUAAAUACUAAUAAGUUCUUCCUAAAUUAAAUGUCACUAUAUAUGUAAUGUAUGAAUAAAAGAUAAAAAUAUAAAAUUAAAUCAA